CUAAUAUGGCCCAAGCAGUUGCAGCACUCAUAAUAGCUUUAUGCUUAUGUGUGGAUAUUUCAACUCAACAUGGAGCAUACCCACCUGGUGUGCCUCCUCCUAAUAAUGCACAUGUUCAUGCACCUCCAGCACACCAGGGUGGACAACAAUUUCAAGGACAACAACAGUUUCAGGGACAACAACAACAACAAUUCCAGGGACAUCAACAACAGCAGUUCCAAGGACAACAACAACAACAGUUCCAACAGCAUCAACAGGGACAACAGCAGAACCUACAGUACCAGCAGGGUCAACACCCAGGUCAACAACAGGGUCAAGGACAAUUUAAUCAAGGCAAUACACAACAGUUCCAACAGCCAGGAGGCCAUCAAGCAGCACAUGGAGGAUUUGGUCAUGAAAGUGCUCACGAUGCAAGCCAUAUCAAGGAGCACUUGAAGGAAGUUGUAGAUAAACCCAAGGAAGAAAUGACAGAGGACGAGUUGGAAUUCCAUUACUUUAAAUUACAUGAUUAUGAUAAAAACAACAAACUAGAUGGUAUAGAAAUAGUCAAAGCUAUCACGCAUUUUCAUGCUGAUGACGGUGAAAGUGAACAGCAGCAGCAUGACAGAAAGGUAUUCUCAGAUGAAGAACUUAGUAACAUCGUUGACCUAGUUUUACAGGAAGAUGACCUAAAUAAAGAUGGCUACAUUGAAUAUGUAGAAUUUGUCACAGCGCAGAGGAAAGCUCGGGAACAGGCAAAGACUGACCAAGGCAACAGUGAACAACACUAGAGACGUGCUAUAAUUAAUAAAAAAAAAUGAAGUCUCACAAGUAAAUCUGAUCUAGUCGACUGUUUGAGAGGGAGGUUAAUUUUGUUUAAAAUUCCUUCUUAAGCAGAUAAUAGAGUAAUAUAUUACAUGGUUUUUGUCUUUAACAUUUAAAACAUUAUAUUCAUUAGGUACUGGUAUCUCGAAGUUAAAAACAAAACAUAUGUAUGCCUAAUGUGUCAAAGGGGGGGGGGGGGAAUCCCAGCUUUCUUUACUGGCACAUUGUAUAACAAAGUAUACUUUACAUGCUGUUUUACUAUGAAGAUAUAUUUUCUCUUUUUAUUAUGCAUGAAAUUGUAUUUAUACUUUGAGCAUUUUUGAGGCCAUUUAGAUCUGUUUAAUAGUAGAUUUUUUGAAAGUUGUAGAAAUAAUUCCUUGGAUAUAAAGGCAGCUGAUAUACAUAUAUAUAUACAUACAUAAAUAGUGGAUGCUAAAUCUGUUUAAAAAAUAAAAUCUUGCAUUUAAACAGUUUAAAAUAAAAAAAAGCAGUCAUUAAAUACAAUUUAGUAUGUAUAACUACAACACUUCUGUAAUAAGUAUUUCAGUACUACAUGUACUGUUGAGUAUAUGCCAUUUGGCACUGAUACUGGUGCUCUUGCCCUGCAUGUUGUUCUUGUCUACAGGUUAGACUGCGAGUUGUUUUUGUGGGUUUUUUUUUUUUGAUGGGUGUUUUUAGAGUCCCAUUUCUAGAAAUUUCUUGUUGUUUUUGGCAUUACCUGCACAUUCUUUUUCUUCUUUUUCCUCUUUUCAAAAUAUAUCACAAUUAAUUUAUUAGAUUUAUCAACCAAGGAAUUUUAGUUAUUUCAUAAUUUUAAUUUUUAGUCAUUUAAUAAUUUUUAUAUAUUUAUUUAUAUUACAUAUUAGACUGAACUGUAUAUUCUUGGAAUGUUUAACAUCCAAAGAAAUGGUAUAAUAGUGCAAAUUAUAUUGUUAAAGCUAACUGGGUUUUAAAACAUGAUAUCAAAAAAAUCCUCCCCAUUUUGACUACACAUUUGUCUGGAGUUACUGUUCCUUGUUGGGGGAGCAAUAUUCCCGAUUCUGACAGGUACAAUCAACAUAGCUGUACUUGCUUAAUAAAUAUUUCAUAUUGCAAAUUAAAGUUCACUGGUAAUAUGUACUUAGAUCUUCUGUCAAAGCAGUUUACAUAGAUACAUGUAUAUAGCUUUAAAAUGGUGAUGUUUCCAGCUGGUUUCAUAAGUUAUUUCCAUAUACAUUUAAAAAUUACAUUCUUAACAGUUAGUUUUAACAUUUUAGAGCUUUAUUUAUAUGUUCGUAAAUUAUACAUAUAUAAAAAUUUACUCAAGAGUAUACUAACGUAUUUUCCAUUAGUUAUUGCUUUGUGUAGUGCACCAUGGAAACAUGACAUUGUUUUUGUUUAUGAUUUUGCUUUAUGUUUAGUUAUUUACACUUUACUAUAAGGGAGAGCAAAUAUUAAUGUGAAAUCCACACUUCUCAAAGCUCAGUGAUGGUGAUUGUUAAAGCAUGGAGAUAGAUUUGAGUGGUGUAAUGUAUGGGUGUGACCCCAUGUAAUAGGGGAUAUUUGAAGCCAAUUUUGCUCAUGUAUCUGUAAUUAUCAAAUGUGUUAAUCAAAUAUGUGAUUUAUUCUGAUGUGGUAGUAAUUAUUUUUUCAAAUUCGAUUGAUGUCAUAGAUGAUAUUAUAAAAUUUGUAAAACAUUCCACAACUAAUUGAAUGAAAAUGUGUGUGUUUUUUGCCCUUUUAUCCAUCUAGAAAUACUUUUUAAGUGUAGAUUUCUAUUAAACAGUAUAUUUAUAUCAAAAGAUUCAACAGAAAUUUGAACUGCAUGUCAUAUUAAUCAAUGUAUCAGUAUAUGUAAUAAUGUGUUAGAAAUGAUUUCAUGGGAAUGAUGAAUCAUUAAUGAGUGUUAAUUAUGUAUAAGUUAUAUAAGUAUGAUCUCUUCAUUGUUGAAUCAGAAAGUGUCAUAAAUAAGAAAUGAUCUUUUCGGUUGACAUGUAUACAUUUUUUAUUAUUUGGUGGAAGUACAGAGAUAUUGUGUGUGUGUGAUUGUUGAAUAAAUGUUGAAUGGUGGACCAAAGGAAA